CCGCAGUCAGGGAUCCACUAACCUCGAGUGGAUCCGGAUCCAUCGAAGCGGCGCGCCUUCGUCAACCCCGAAUCUUUUCAUUUCUCAUAUUUCACUUCUUUCGGACGUUCCCAAUCAACCGGGCGGAGUAGAAUCCGGUACAUCGCGGGUGUAUUGUUUGCUUCAAACCCAUCAGAGAAAGGGAAUCCAAAAGAGACCUGUUUGGAUUGGAAAAUAGGAAAAAAGAAGAAGAAAUGAAGCUUCUUGGAUGGUGGUUAAUGCUCGUUGGCUCGCUCCGUCUUGCCGCUGUUUGGUUCGGCUUCUUUGACAUUUGGGCGUUGCGGCUCGCCGUCUUCUCCAAUUCCCAAAUGACUGAAGUUCAUGGAAGAACAUUUGGAAUUUGGACGCUUCUGACAUGCACUCUCUGCUUCCUUUGUGCCUUCAACCUUGAGAACAAGCCACUUUAUAUUGCAACCUUUCUAUCAUUCAUCUAUGCCUUUGGUCAUUUCUUGACUGAAUACUUGAUAUAUCGGACAAUGGUCCUUGCCAAUCUGACGACUGUUGGCAUCUUUGCAGGCACAUCGAUCAUUUGGAUGCUGCUGCAGUGGAAUGCUCAUGGACCUCAAGCAUCCUCAAAACAGGACUGAAACCUUUGGCAUUUUUCUUUUUUCUUUUUCCCUAAUACUGAUGCUAAUCUCCACAGUGACGUUUUGGGCCCGUUUGGAUACCACCAAAAAAGUUCCUUUUUCUACUUGAGAUAAA